AGGUUUGUUUGUUGGGGGAGGCGCUUGUUUAUUUGUUAUGCGUUUUACGAGCCACGUAAUCAUUAGAUAAGGGUAUAUAAAGCCUUUGCUAAGGUAAUAUCGGUAGACCUGCAAGCGACAACGACGAAACUCCUGUCACACCGAAAGAAAACUUGCAACAAAGGAACGCCAGAACAUUCACCAUGAAAGUUGCACCGCUCGUUGGAGUCUUUCUACUUGCUAUAUUAUGCCAAACUCAGUCCGCGCCGGCCGAGCUGAAAUCCUCUGAGUCCGACCAAGAGGUGGCUCGGCCCAGGAAAAGGCGGUCCAUCCUCGCAGCGGUCAUCCCCAUAGCGAUAGAACUUCUAUCGCAGGGGAUAGAGGAAUACGGGCGCCAAAAACAGCAACAGCUUGAGGAAGACCAGCUCGAAGCUCUCCGAGACAUCCAGCGGAAGCUAGACGUCCUUGACAGGAAGGUCGACGCCCUCCAGCGAGCCAUCGGACAACUGCAGUUUGGACAGCAAUGGCUAGAGGGCGCUGUCCUUUACGGCAAUGACAUUCAGAGGUUGGAAUAUUUCCUGGACUUCUUGGACACACGCUUGAGCCCGGGCAACAGCGGACAGCUGGUACCUACCAACCUGGCGGACGAGUGGGCUGAUGCUGUACUUUCUCUGGACGACGACGGCGCAGGACAGGUUCUACAUAAUCUUCAUGAAAUGAUCAUUGGAUCUUCUGGACUCUUCGGCCGAAACUCGCUCUUCGUGCUGUACGAGGGCACUCUGGAUGGGCAGUCUGACCAGUACUGGCCGAAGGUUCGCCAGUUCCUGGAUUUCACGUUCUCCAUCCAGGUGGCUGGGUACGCCGCCUGGGUGACGUCACUCAACAUCAAGGGCAGGAGUCUGCAGGAGGUAAAUGACGUCAUCGACACUGCAAACACCAGAAUUGAGGAACAGAGAGUUUUCCUGCUACCCUACACUAAAGAGUGGCCAAAAGGUUCGUACGGCCUACCCAGGACCAACACCGGCUGCCCUGUAGCUGCUAACGCUAGGUGGCACAACGGCCUACGUCAUCACGACACCGAAGACGACGAUAACAGCAACCAAUGGAUCAGCGGGAUCCACUUUGACGGCGGGUACGGAAGGAACAUGGACCAGAAGUUCUGUAUGAAGACUGAGGCUAGCAUGGGAGAAGGGAACUGGCCAGCCGGGAACUACUGUAUCUUUAAGAAGGGAAACUGCCCUAUUGGUUUCCAGUGGGGUAAGCUGAAGUGGGAUGACGAGGAUGACGAUAACCAGAACCGCGCCAGUGGCGUGUUGCCUGACGGGAGGUACGACAGGAACACCGAGAUCCAAUACUGUUGCCGUGGCGACGGCAGCGCGACCACGCCCAUCGUCCUCCCCAGCCGCAGACCCUUCUAUCUCUUCCGCUACAGAGCUGGGUGUCAAAGGGUAGCAGACAUGUCUGUCCGUGAGGAGUGGUUCAGGUGGGAUGAUGAAGACGAUGACAACGCUAACGGGUACUACGGCGCCCAUCCGUACGACCACGGCGGCAGGAACCACAGGAUUCACUACUGCUACUACUCUUAGACAAAUUAGCUUGCUGUAAAGCAGGAGGUGUCGUGAACUGUAAUUUCUAACACAGGAAAAACCUGGACUUGCGGAAAUUUUCGAAAGUAGAACACGAGACUUCAUUUUCUAGUAGACAUAUUUGCCAAAAAAAACGUAUUAUUUUCAAUCUUCAAAUAGAGUUGAACUAAAACCAUCAGAUUAAACGUAUUUCAGUGAUGUUACGUUGGGAUACAUAUGUAGUGUCUUCUGUAAGAAAUAAACACUAGUAUCUCCAGCCAUUUGUUACAAGAUUGAGCAGUGCGUCAUUGCCCGAUAUCGACAGGAAUAUGCAGUAUUGCUAGAAAGCACUAUAUCAUCAUUGCAACAUUGAUGACAGUGCUGAGUUCCUACGCUUACCGCAAGUUUUAAAACUUUUACAACAAUCUGUCACUGGAAAAAGGGAGCAUGUUGUAAAGAGGGACCAUGUUGAAUAAAACACAUACAAGUAAAGGAA